AUGAAGUCUUUAUCCUUGAAUGCAAAGAAAGCAUUUAGCAAAGAGCUUUGGCUUGGAGACUAUGAUUACAAACACCUUUUUGUACCCAGAUUACCUUUCACGAAAGGUGAUAAGACCCGUCAACCAUUUUUCGGGCUUGACUCCGAUAUGCCAGUUCUACUAGGAGCUUUACUUGGCUUCCAGCACUCCUUAUCAAUGCUAGCAGGGGUGAUGACACCAGCAAUUUUGAUCUCCCAAACAGCAAAUUUGCCAUCUGAAAUGCAAAGCUAUUUGGUUUCCGUUUCACUCAUUGUCAGCGGCAUUCUUUCAGCAGUUCAAAUAACUCGAUUUACAAUUCCCUUACCAGGGGGACGCAAGUUACAUAUUGGCACCGGUUUACUAUCUGUUGUUGGUACAAGUUUUGCAACGAUCACAAUCGUAACGAAGGCUAUACCGCAAAUGUAUGAGGAAGGAAUCUGCAAAAUCGCCGAUGAUGGAACUAAACUUCCUUGUCCAGAUGGCUAUGGGAGAUUGUUGGCAUCAUCGUGUGUUUGUGCUCUCGUCGAGAUCUUCCUUGCGCUUCUCAUUCCUGCAAAAAUUCUACAGAAGGUGUUUCCUCCAUUGGUAACUGGUCCGGUUGUGUUGUUGAUUGGUACCCAUUUGAUUGGACUGGGAUUCGAGGAUUGGAUGGGUGGUUCAGGUUGUGUGAGUUCAGGUGUUUGCGCCAUGGGAAAAGAAAGUUUAAGCAAACCUUGGGGUUCCGCCGAAUAUCUUGGUUUGGGGUUUUUGGUUUAUGUUACGAUAAUCAUAUGCGAACGAUGGGGAUCCCCCAUAAUGAAGCUGUGCGCUGUUAUCUGCGGGUUGAUUGUCGGCUGUAUUGUGGCUGGUGCUGUUGGCUACUUUACUUCAGAUGCAAUUGACUCAGCGAAAGUUGCCACUUUCAUGUGGGUGCACACUUUCAAGUUGAAGCUUUAUGGUCCAGCAAUUCUUCCAUAUGUGGCAGUUUAUUUGGUUCUCAUGAUGGAGGCUAUUGGAGACAUCACCGCAACUUGUGAUGUUUCCAGAUUGCCUGUCGAGGGUCCAGAAUAUGAGGCACGUAUACAAGGUGGCUUACUAGCGGAUGGUUUGAAUGGUCUUUUAGCAGGACUUAUGACAUUGACUCCGAUGUCAACAUUUGCGCAAAACAACGGUGUCAUCACUAUCACGAAGUGCGCUAAUCGGAAGGUGGGCUAUUGGUGUUGCGUAUGGAUGAUUGUUAUGGGGAUUUUCUCUAAGUUUGCAGGAGCGUUGGUGUCGAUUCCCAAACCAGUGUUAGGUGGCAUGACCUCAUUUUUGUUCACCCUGGUUGCAGUCUCCGGAAUCAAGAUCAUCUCUACUGCUCAGUUACUGAGACGUGACCGAUUUAUUCUUACGGCCUCGUUAUUACCGGGGUUUGGCUCUGUCUUGGUACCUAAUUGGUUUGACCAUGUUUUUACCUACAAUGGCAACAAUAGCGCUUUGAAGGGGUUCUUGAAUGCAAUUGUGCUUGUUAUGGAAACGGGUUUCGCAGUCACGGGGUUUUUGGGUGUGAUUUUGAACUUGUUGCUCCCAGAAGAUGAAGACGAUAUCGAAGAAAUUCUGGAAGUUCAAGUGAUCGAGGCGUCACUGGUUGAUGAAUACAAAAAGUCUGGAUAA